AUGAAGAGAAACAAAGGCAAACUAAACACCACCGAAAAGGAGUUUUUGUUCGAGUUCACAGCCGGGAAGCAGCGCUACGCCCUGACUGUUCCGCUGCAAUUCCCCAUGCAGGAAAACGUCAGCGACCUCCACGGGAGGCUGAUGCUUCUUCACAAAAUGCCAUGCUUCAUUGAAAAUGACCUGAAGAGUGCCCUUAGCAGCUUCAUUGAGAGAGAAACGAUUCAGGAUUAUGACAGAGAUGCAGAGUUAGCCUUGCAGAGACUCUCAAAGGGAGAAGUGGACACUGACCAGCUCGCAAAUGCUUGGGCCCGAGCCUACUCUGAAACCACCCUGGAGCACGCCAGGCCUGAGGAGGCCAGCUGGGACGAGGACUUUGCGGACGUCUACCACGAGCUGAUCCACUCGCCGGCCUCCGACACCCUGCUCAACCUGGAGCACAACUACUUCCUGAGCAUCUCCGAGCUCAUCAGCGAGCGCGACAUGGAGCUGAAGAAACACCAGGAGAGACAGGUGGUGGAAAUGGACAAAGUGAUGCAGGAGCUGGGAAAUACCGUGAGCGACCAGGAUGUGAACGUCAUGGCAUCACAGCACUUUGCUGCCCAGCAGGUGUUGGAGAAUAAAUGGGCCAACGAGCUCAAGCAGGUGACUGGUAUCCAGAAGCAGGAGUAUCAGGAGUGGGUGAUCAAACUGCACGAGGACCUGCAGAACCCCAACAACAGUAAAAUAAACGAGGAGAUCAAGGUGCAGCCCAGCCAGCUGACGGAGCCCCAGGAGUCGGGCGACAGACGCUUCGAGGAGCAGCGACAGCUGGAGGAGAGCUUCACCAUCCACUUAGGCGCGCAGCUGAAGACCAUGCACAACCUGCGGCUGGUCCGGGCCGACGUGCUGGACUUCUGCAAGCACCGUCGCCACGGCAGCGGCGGGGUGAAGCUGCGGCGGCUGCAGACGGCGCUCUCGCUCUACUCCUCCUCCCUCUGCGGCCUGGUGCUGCUGGUGGACAACCGCGUCAACUCCUACAGGGGCAUCAAGAGAGAUUUUGCCACCGUGUCCAAGGAGUGCACAGACUUCCACUUCCCGCGGCUGGAGGAGCAGCUGGAGAUGGUCCAGCAGGUGGUGCUGUACGGCCGGGCACAGAGGAACAGCAAGCAGAGGGAGCAGCCCGAGGUCCCCAGAAACGGAGCCGGUGAGGAUAAGGCCAAAAACCUUGAGAGGAAUCCCUCGAACAUCUUACCAGGCGAGUUCUACAUCACCCGGCACUCCAACCUGUCCGAGGUGCACGUGGUCUUCCACCUCUGCGUGGACGACAACGUGCGGCUGGGCAACAUCACCGCCCGCGACCCCGCCAUCAUGGGCCUGCGCAACAUCCUCAAGGUCUGCUGCACCCACGACGUCACCACCAUCACCAUCCCCCUGCUGCUGGUGCACGACAUGUCGGAGGAGAUGACCAUACCCUGGUGCCUGAAGAGAGCCGAGCUGGUCUUCAAAUGCGUGAAAGGCUUCAUGAUGGAAAUGGCGUCCUGGGACGGAGGCAUCUCGCGGACGGUCCAGUUCCUGGUUCCGCAGAGUAUCUCCGAGGAGAUGUUCUACCAGCUGAGCACCAUGCUGCCUCAGAUCUUCCGCGUGUCCUCCACCCUCACGCUGACCUCCAAGCGCUGAUGCGGCGGGCCCCGCCCCGAAGACCCCGACCGAUGGGGGGGGGAAACGCUCGCGUAAGACGGGGGCGUUCGGCGGCUCCUGCAUCGGGGGGGGGUCCUGUUACGACGACUGCGUCUGCGUCUGCGCUCACGAGCUGCGCGGAAGCUUUCGUGGGUGUACCUCGCAUCUCUGAGCGCGUUUCCUCACGCCUGCCCGCCCACCCCCCCCCCCCCUUAUUAACGCCUUCGCCACAGCGCCCGCUGUGCGGCUGUCCGGGCAUUUACAGUUCCACGAGGGAGGAAACUAUCUGCAAUGCAGAGGCUUUCUCAGUUCUGCAGUGGGAAGUCUUCUCGCUAGCACAUGCGUGCGGAGUCUUUUUUUAGACAAAAAAACUUUUCUCAACUUUGCACUGAACCUUCUAAAGUAAUCUGGUUGAUCCGUUCACUAGAGCCCUGUCCCGUGUUGCUACUCCACCUGUAUGUUGACCAUAACGUGCAAAUUCUUGGUAAAAAGGCUAAUUUUUUCCUGAUGCAGAAACCACAACCACGCUAGUGUCUCUGCUGCAUUGCAGUGCAUUACUUACUUGACCAGUACUGUAGGAUUAACAUUCCCCUUUUCGUCCACCAGAGCGCAGUAUUCUCAACAGAGCUGGACACAGUUGUUGCAGUUUUGGGCAAUUGUCUAGUCAUGUUCCUCUUGGCGUCUGAACGUUUCUUCGUGCUGCUUCUGAGUUUCUUGAAUUUUUUAAAAGUUUGCUGAAGUGAAAUAUUUGUGCCAUAAACCUGAAUGUGCAAGUGGUGGGACAGAAUAGUUCUUGAAAUAAUGCUUAAUUAAACUGGAACCAAACAGUCAUUAUCCUUUCUGCGUAUUGUAUCACAUUUCCCAUGGAUAAAUUCAGUUUGGUUUGAAGGGUCCUACUGUACAUAUGUGUAAAUAAGCACUGCAUAACCAUGUAUUCUAAUUACAAAAUAUUAUAGGGUGAACUAUGUUGUGUGGUCUAAUUUGCUAUUUUGUGGUGUAGCCGUAUUUGAUGUGAAUGGUGACUGACCACACCCUAUUUCUUCUGGUUGCCAUAGGUAUUUAUAAAACAUGUAAUGCUUAUGAA